GCAACAGCGACAGAAAGUGUCACCUGGUGGUGGCGACAAAAGACGCUCAACAAGACCACAGUCCACUCCACUCAGCAAUUCAUUGAAUCUCGAAGAUGACACACAAAUCUCACAAAGUAAUAACAGUUUAUCGACAUCAGUUGAUUUUAAUACAGCACCAAGUCCCUCCAACAAAAGGAAGCGCCCACAAUCAAGUAAACCAGUGCCCAGUGAUGAUACCUCCGCCAUAGAAAAUAAUCCAUUCCAACAAUGCAGUCAUAACAAUAAUUCCAGCUUAAGGGAGGGUGACUACACCAUACCAGAGGAGCAAGAGAGUGGUAUAAAAGACUACCAAGAUGAUUUCGAAGACUCCUCUUCUGAUUCAGAAAUAGGAAUAGAUGAAGACAUUCCAGAAGAACUCCCAGAGGGUCAAGUUGCAAGAGACUCAGAAUCUGAAGAGGAGGAGUACCCAGAUGAUUUUGAGGAUGAAUCUGAUCAGGAGCUGGACCAAAUGCUUAACCUAGCGAGGAAUGUACAUGACGUCAGUGAAUUAGCAGA